GUACCCGAAACUGCUCGUAUAAAUGAAUUCACGGCGUCACCGAGCUCAGAUGAAUUCGCAGUGCCAGUGAGCGCACCCGGCUGUCAACGCUCACGGGCUCCAACACGCACAAACCUCCCCCUCUCCAUCUUUCUCUCUCUCACACACACACACACAGACACACACACACACAAACUCACAAACACGUCUGCGUCAUGCGUCCUGAGAGCGACGGCACGAACGCGGCAACUCCGAUGGACCCCGGUAAAACGCACAGCGGCAGCAGUCUGCGGGGCUGACUGUGUCCUGCUUAUCUGUCCAGCUGCGUGUCCCCCGCCCCCCCAUCACUGCUCUGGGAAAGUUGCGCUCCGAGUGCGCUCGCAUCAUGGAUUUUCUAACAACGAGCGGCAACGACAGCAACGCGACCGGCGGUUACCCUGACGGGGUGGACGUGGUCGCCGACUGGGACGCGGGCGAGAAUGGCACGGGGUCUAGGUCUGUGCCGGACCUGCAGCUGAGUUACCAGAUUAUCACCUCUCUGCUCCUGGCGGCCCUCAUCCUCUGCUCCAUAUUUGGCAAUGCGUGCGUCGUGGCAGCCAUCGCCCUGGAGAGAUCUCUCCAGAAUGUGGCAAACUACCUGAUUGGAUCUCUGGCCGUGACUGACCUCAUGGUGUCGGUGCUGGUUCUGCCGAUGGCGGCCCUCUACCAGGUUUUGAACAAGUGGACACUGGGGCAAGAGAUCUGCGAUGUGUUCAUCUCUCUGGAUGUACUGUGCUGCACAUCAUCCAUCCUGCAUCUGUGCGCAAUUGCUUUGGACAGGUACUGGGCCAUAACAGACCCCAUUGACUAUGUAAAUAAACGGACACCGAGGCGAGCUGCGAUCCUGAUUAGCGUCACCUGGCUAAUUGGUUUCUCUAUCUCUAUUCCGCCUAUGUUAGGCUGGAGAAGCGCCGAAGACAGGGCGAACCCCGACGCCUGCAGCAUCAGCCAGGACCCGGGCUACACCAUCUACUCCACGUUUGGGGCUUUUUACAUCCCUCUCAUUCUCAUGCUCGUCCUGUACGGGAGAAUAUUCAAGGCCGCGCGGUUUCGGAUUCGAAAGACGGUCAAGAAAACCGAGAAGGCGAAAGUGUCGGACAAGUGCUUGACUGUGUCUCCGGCCGUCUUUCACAAGAAAACCAACGGGGAGGCCGGGGGCAAAGGCUGGAGGCGCGGCGACGAGUCCAAACCGAGCUCUCCGUGCGUAAACGGCGCGGUGAAGCACGGGGAGGAGGGCGAGUCGCUGGAGAUCAUCGAAGUUAUCAGCAACUCCAAGACGCACCUUCCCCUGCCCAACACCCCCCAGUCCUCGUCGCACGGCUACGAGAACAUGAACGAGAAGAACUCGGGGGCGAAGAGAAAGAUCGCGCUGGCCAGGGAGCGCAAAACGGUGAAAACGCUGGGGAUCAUCAUGGGGACCUUCAUCUUCUGCUGGCUGCCCUUUUUCAUCGUGGCGCUGGUGCUGCCUUUCUGCGCGGAGAGCUGCUACAUGCCCGACUGGCUGGGCGCAGUCAUAAACUGGCUGGGCUACUCCAACUCCCUCCUCAACCCCAUCAUAUAUGCCUACUUCAACAAAGACUUCCAAAGUGCUUUCAAGAAGAUUAUAAGAUGCAAAUUCCACAGAGCGUGAAAACAUUGGUGUUGGCUUAAAAACUCGGGAGUAAAUCAAACGGACAGCAGGACAAAAAAUGUUUACUGACUGUAUAGAACAGCAAAAAAACAAAAACAAAACAAAAAACAAAAACAAACAAACAUAGACUCUCAUUCAGGGACAGUCUCUCUUCGGCCUGUGUUGGAGGAGCGUGUAAAAAAAAAGGCAAAGAAAAAGAAAAGAAAAUCCAGGGUCACUGAUGAAAUGAGACAAGACGGGAACUUUUCGCUCUCUUAAUGUACAAGCCUCAUGUUUAUUCAGUGUUGUAGCUACAGUAUAUAGCCUUUACGCGACGGCAGCCAUCGUUGUAUUGCCAUGCAAGACGUGUCAUGUGCUGAAUUUCCAUGCAUUUUACCCAUGAGACACGCGGGGAGGGGGAGGGGGAGGGGAG